UUGACAGCUGUUGAUCAGUCUGAUUGCUUCGUAUGUCAACAACAGUGGCGGGGAAAAUCCUUCAACGAAAAGCAAGUCACAUAAAAUCAGCAUCAAAGGAAACAAGCAAGCUACAGAGAGAUCCCCGGAGAAGAGAUGUCUUCGCAGCUCGAUACCUUCAGUGACGACAGUGAGGAGGCAGCGAGGGUUCCAAGCCACCCCUUCGAUGACACUGGCGACAUGGGCGACGAGUCCUACUCCAACUUCGGCCCCGAGGAAGAAGCACGGGACUCUAUUGGGGUCACCGAUUACAUCCAGGAUGAGAGAAUCGAAAAUGUGGAAGAGAUCCUCGUUGAUCAUGAUGACGGCUUCCCCGAUUCGCACGUAGAGUAUUCCUCUGUCGCGUCUCCUUUUUCGACGCCCGAAUCCAACGGGCAGGUCUAUGGGGUGGAGGAGAACGUUGGCGUCUUUGUAUCUGAUGGUCCAAUUCUUCCUGAGCCGGAGGAGAUGAAGGAGGAAGGGUUUCUUCUACGUGAGUGGCGCCGGCAGAAUGCAAUUCAUCUCGAAGAAAAGGAAAGAAAAGAAAAGGAGAAGCGGAAUCAGAUCAUUGCAGAGGCUGAUGAAUUCAAACUAGCAUUCUACGAGAAGCGCGGACUUAAUCGUGAUACAAAUAAGGCCAAUAACAGAGAAAAAGAGAAGCUAUUUUUGGCAAACCAAGAGAAGUUUCAUGCUGAUGCCGAUAAGCAGUACUGGAAAGCUAUAGCAGAGAUCAUCCCUAAUGAAGUGCCAAAUAUUGAGAAGAGAGGGAAGAAAGAUAAGGAAAAGAAACCAUCCAUUAUGGUAAUUCAGGGGCCAAAACCGGGCAAGCCUACUGAUCUCUCGAGGAUGCGUCAGUUGCUAGUGAAGCUUAAGCACAACCCUCCGCCUCACAUGAAGGCUCCACCACCCCCAGAUAAAGAAUCUGCAAAAGAUGGUGAUGCUGAAGGGAAAAAAGCUGAUAAGAAAAUAACAUCACCUACUAAAGGAGAAGCAUCCAAGGUUCCUGAUGCUAACUCACCCAAAAAAGAAGCAACACAAGUUUCAGCUGCAGAAGUAGCGGAAGGGAAAGUAGCUGCAGAGCCAGAUGCUGUGGAUUGAAUUGCUUUGGCUUUUACGAGCUUUAGGCUUAGUUUGGGACGGCUUUCUUCCUGCUUCUUAGAGCGGCUUUUUAGUACAUAGAUUUUCAUUUUUGCACUAAAAAGUUACUUUAAAAAACAAGAAUAAAGCUGUCCCAAAGGAAACCUUAAUUUACUUGAUCCCAGGAAAUAAGUUUUUGUAACUAUCUUAUGGUACCGGUAUCACACAGGAAACCUAUUUAAGAGUUUUCCUCCGGUACUUUUUGUACUGAUUUAGCAUUUGGUUUGUCUAAGUGGUCUGGGUUACAAACUAUAAUUUAACAGUAGUUAUGAGGAUAAGAUUUCUUACACCGUAGAAUGUAGUUUAUACAAACAAUGACAUCACUUGCUCAGUCAUUUCUUAUGAGUUCAAUUA